GACACAUUCCACAUUUGACUUAUGCCGUCAUUUCCUGCGUCAUCUAUGCUAGCGCUAGAUCCUGCGGUCUUUCCGGUUCUCAAUAAACAUCCAACAAGUAGAAGAAGACAUGGGAGAAGUACUCAGGACCAGAUAGGACAGCAGAAAGCAAGGCAGACCCUGAGCUCCCAGAGGUCUGAGUGGAGUCUAAGCAUGGUCUAAUGGACCGACUGUUUUUGCUGACCUUCGUCUUCUGUUCAGUCUCGUGGAUUUUCUUCUGGGAGGUGCGCUGGAAGAAAGGCAAGGAAAGUCAGAUUGAAGAAUGGCUCCAGAGACACAGCCUAUCUGAAUACAAGUAUUUGUUUGAAGAUGUACAGACUCUGGAGGAGCUGAGUUUAUGUGUGCUGUCUUGGCUGAAGGAAGUGGUGAAGGAAAAGCAUCACUGGAGGGAGAUUACUGAGGCCCAAGUGCAGCUGCUCAGAGACUUUGCCUUCCAGGAGUGGCUUUGUUCCCAGAGCCUGGAGCACUACUAUCACACCCUGAAGACCCUGGGCUGCACUACCCUGGAUGAUCUAGCACAGUUUGACAGCCAGCUUCAGCUUUCUCUAGCAGCGUGGGGCUAUUACUACGAGGAUUACAUCAAACUGUCCACAGGUGUGAGGGUCCUCCAGGCAUCUAAGGGAAGUAGAGAUCAAGACUACGAGAUUCAGCUGGUGCACAGCCUUGCUGAGAGGCGGCUGAAUGAGAAGUGGUCUUUUGCAGGAGCUCUGAUAUUUGGCUGUACCAUUGCCCUGUGCUUUCUGAUAAGGGACCUCAUGUUUUACGUGAUUGGUGGAAUAACUGUUUCCAUCAUCGCAUUCGUCUUUACCAUCAAAUUUCUGUGUGAGCUUGCUGCUCGUGUGGUCAGCUUCUUACAGAAUGAUGACCCUGCCCGACAUGGGGACCGCAGUAUCUACGACUAUGUGCGGGGUAAUUAUUUGGACCCACGCUCAUGCAAGGUCUCCUGGGACUGGAAAGAGCCACAGGAAGUGGGUCAAACCAUGAGUUUCCGAGUGCAGCUCUUUUACAAAAAUGGCCAGCCUUUUCCUGCACACAGACCUGUGGGAUUGAGGGUGAACAUCACUCACAUAGAGCUGGCUUUAGAAGUCCCUGUGACCCAGGAGGUCCUUCAGGAGCCCGAGUCUAAUGUAGUCAAAGUGGCCUUCACUGUGCGUAAGGCUGGACGCUAUGAAGUAGCUGUCAAACUUGGAGGCCUGAAUGUGGCUUACAGCCCUUACUACAAGAUAUUCCAACCAGGUACAGUGGUCCCAUCCAAAACAAAGAUAGCGUAUCACUUCUCAACACUGGUUCUGACUUACGGCCAGCAGCACACACUGCAGAUAGAACCACGGGAUGAGUAUGGCAACCCCACCAGUAACUCUGUCUCACUUGUGGAUGAGGUCAAUUACAGCAUGCAUGUCCACCCAUUGGGCACAGUGGAUGAGGAGAGCUUAGAUGAUUGCUACAGCACAUCGGUAUCAUCAAACAAGCCACAGUGCCAAGUUCUGAUGAGGCUUACCUUCAGGAAAAAAGGCUGCUUCAGAGCAUGCAUCUCAUACAGGGACCAGCCCCUUAGCAAUGGGGAGUUUGACAUCAUUGUACUCAGCGAAAAUGAGAAGAACUGUGUGGAGAAAAACGUAUCUACCCCUGGCAUAAGCAUCUACUUUGAGGCCUACCUCUACAGCAUGGGCACUUACAGUAGUUGUCCUUGGCAGUUUCUAGCAUCCUCCCAGCUAGCCCUGCAGAGACGGCCCUCCAUGGGUGAUGAUGAGGAGGAACAUGACUCCCCUGUAGAGGGGCAGUCAGAGAAGGUCAAAAAACCAAAAAAGGUGUAUUGCUAUAUCUCACCAAAGCAAUUUUCCGUGAAGGAGUUUUACCUGAAAAUUAUCCCUUGGCGCCUUUUCACUUUCCGUGUGUGUCCUGGAACUAAGUUCACUUACCAUGGACCAGACCCUGUUCAUAGAUACCUAACACUGGUAGUAGAUGAUGGGAUUCAGCCUCCCGUAGAGCUCAGCUGUAAGGACAGAAAUAUCAUGGCUGCAACCUUUAUCCGCUUUCUCCACAAGAAUAUUGGUGGAUCAGAAACAUUUCAGGAUAAAGUGAACUUUUUUCAGCGGGAGCUGAGACACAUUCACUCCAAGAGACCUCGCACUAAAACCUGCCUGAAAAUCAGCCGUCACUCACUCCUUGAAUCGUCUCUGAAGGCCACACGGAACUUUUCUGUGUCGGAUUGGAGUAAGAACUUUGAAGUUGUGUUCCAGGAUGAGGAAGCUCUGGACUGGGGUGGGCCACGGCGUGAGUGGUUUGAGCUUAUCUGUAAGGCUCUGUUUGAUACAAAUAAUCAGCUUUUCACACGCUUUAGUGACAACAACCAAGGUUUGGUCCACCCAAACGCUGAUCGCCCUCCUCACCUGAGGGUGAAAAUGUAUGAGUUUACAGGACGAGUGGUGGGGAAAUGUCUGUAUGAAUCAGCUUUAGGUGGGACCUACAAGCAGCUGGUACGAGCCCGAUUUACCCGCUCCUUCUUGGCUCAGAUAAUUGGAUUACGAAUGAACUAUAAGUACUUUGAAACUGAUGAUGAGGAAUUUUACAAAACCAAGGUGUGCUUUAUUCUUAACAACGAUGUCAGUGAAAUGGACCUGCUGUUUGCAGAAGAAAAAUAUAGCAAGUCAGGACACCUGGAAAAGGUGGUGGAAUUGAUAUCUGGUGGUGCUCAAAUUGCAGUGACAAAUGAGAAUAAAAUUCACUACUUAAACCUGUUGGCCCAGUACAGACUAGCCAGUCAGGUGCGAGAUGAAGUAGAACACUUUCUAAAAGGUUUGAAUGAACUGGUCCCUGAAAACCUUCUGGCCAUAUUUGAUGAGAAUGAAUUGGAGUUGUUGAUGUGUGGUACAGGAGAUAUUAACGUGCAGGACUUUAAAGCUCAUGCUGUAAUUGUUGGAGGGUCAUGGCACUUCAGAGAAAAGGUAAUGAAAUGGUUCUGGGCGGUGGUGUCAUCCUUCACACAGGAAGAAUUGGCCCGUUUGUUGCAGUUCACCACUGGCUCCUCGCAGCUCCCACCUGGCGGUUUCAAUACGCUUUGCCCCUCCUUCCAGAUUAUAGCAGCUCCCACACACAGCACGCUGCCCACUGCACACACCUGUUUUAACCAGCUGUGCCUCCCAACAUAUGACUCCUACGAAGAGCUCCACAAGCUGCUGAAACUGGCCAUCAGUGAGGGGAGUGAGGGCUUUGGUAUGCUUUGAAACAUCAGUCCAGCUCA